AUGCUCAGUCCGGCGAUGCUCAAAUCGAUGGGACGCCGUACUUCCCGAGAAGUGAACCUUCCCCUCGAUGGUCCUCGUUCCAGAGAUUCCAAGGGAAAUCUUCUACCGCUCCUCGAAGAAGAAGAGGUCAUCCAUUACAAUGGUCGUCGACGAGCCUCAAAUCAUUCGAUUCUCGAUUUUGAUGGAGAUAGUGACCGCCGUCAUGCUUCGCUGGCGGGUCUUCGGAGCAGGGAGGCCCUUCCAAGUCGAUCGGGAAAUCGUCGAGCAUCGGUGACGGUAAUGAAUGCAAAACAAGAUCGAGAGAAAGAAGAGGAUCGC